AUGAUUCGAUUGGCUGUCGCAGAGUCUGCCGACCCCUUAACUGGGGGACCAUUCGGGCAUCCCGGGGCUUCCAUGAAAUGUUCUCCAGUGUUGCUCGGGGCCUCUCGUAGCGCCCUGUUUGGAGAGCCUAAAGACCCCAAUGGAUCGGCGGACUUGCUGCAGUACUGGCUUAAUGGAACCUGCGACCCUGCCAAGUGCUACCUGAUCUUCAGGUUCGACCACCACAGGUACUCGCACCAGUGCGCCUGCAUCCAGCUCUGGGCCGAGCACGCUCGACUCGAGGGCUCCGACACGAUCGAGAGAUACUGCCAGGCAGCCCUCCCCGAUCACGGCCCGUCGUGCCUGACGUUCUUCGAGAGGCUUGCUGGGCUUGGACGAGAGGCGGCCGCAUCGGAUUGCGAUAUGGCGCAAGGGGUGAGGUAA